AGCUCCUGGUCAAAUCACUAACGUACGAACAAGAGUUUCCUACCUAUCCUUAGAGCAAAGAUUUUUUCUCUCUCGAAUCUUACUAUACUGCUGACUUGCCCGACAUAUUGUGUAUUUUAUUCCUCGUGCAUUUUGUGUGUGCUUUAUUCCUCCGAUUCGAUAAUAACAAAGUGUCCACAGUACAUGGCAGAUCAAACAAGGCUAUGGACAAUACACAAAGUAAGAAUUUGCAUGUCUCCGACAACACCAAACAGCGAAUGACUCCAUACAGUUGUGAUGUAUGUAGUAAAUAUUUUAACAGAAAAUCAACAUUGCAACAGCAUUUGUUGAUACAUAGAGUUGCGAAGCCAUAUAGUUGUGAUAUUUGUAAUCGAUGUUUUAGUCAGGAAGCAUUUUUAACACGACAUGUUUUGAUACAUACUACUGAUAAACCAUAUAGUUGUAAUGUAUGUAGUAAAUGUUUUAACAGAAAAUCAACAUUGCAACAGCAUACGUUAAUACAUACUGGUGAUAAGCCAUAUAGUUGUAAUGUAUGUAGUAAAUGUUUUAACCAAAAAUCAACAUUGCAACAGCAUACAUUAAUACAUACUGGUGAUAAGCCCUAUAAUUGUGAUGUAUGUAAUAAAUAUUUUAACAGAAAAUCAACAUUGCAACAGCAUUUGUUGAUACAUACAGGCGAGAAGCCAUAUAGUUGUGAUAUAUGUAAUAAAUGUUUUAGGCAUAAAUGGCAUUUAAAACAGCAUUUGUCGAUACAUACUGGUGACAAGCCAUAUAGUUGUGAUGUAUGUAAUAAAAGUUUUCACCAAAAGUCAAUAUUGCAGCGACAUUUGUUGUUGCAUAGUGGUGAGAAACCAUAUAGUUGUGAUAUAUGUAAUAAAUGUUUUAGGCAUAAACGUUAUUUAAAACAGCAUUUGUCGAUACAUACUGAUGAUAAGCUAUAUAGUUGUGAUGUUUGUAAUAAAUAUUUUAACAGAACAUCAACAUUGCAACAGCAUUUGUUGAUACAUACGGGUGUUAAACCAUAUACUUGUGAUGUAUGUAAUAAAUGUUUUAAAAGAAUAUCAACACUGCAACGGCAUGUGUUCAAACAUAUUGAAGACGUGCUGUAUUAAAUGUAUAAUUCAAGUAGGUAUAAGUAUUUGUAAGACAAGAUAAAGUUCAGGGGUACAAAUAGCAAUACCUUAAAUAACAAGCAUUAUGUUUGACAUAUCACGCG